AUUCCGCAAGCAAAUUCCUCCUCCAUUUUGUCAUUGUAUUUUGUAAAGCUUGUGACAAGUCAGCUUCUUGGUCAGUUUUAUGUGACAUUCCCUCGUGACAGUUGAAAGCCAAGGCAAUGAGUAGUAAGUUUCGAAGCGGUUCUUUUGAACUAGAAGUGGGUACAAGCGCCUCCAAGCGACCUCGCUACGAGCACACAGAAACGGAGAUACUACACGUAGGAACAGAGCCGACAGACGUAGAGACGGUUACUAUCGCUACUGAAGAGGUGGUACCCAGUUCACAGUUUGAGAUAGAGAUAAGUCAGAGUGAUGAUGGGGAGAGUGUGGAGCAGCUACAGGCCAGUGACUUGGGCCCUAACUUUGGCCUUGUGCAUGAUACCCAGGAGGUCCACACGCUCACUAGCGAUGAUGGUUUGCCCUCUGACAUGACCUCUGAGGAUGGCUCCACCCUCAACGCUAUAGGCCACGCCCUCAUCCAGAUGCAGCAAGGUGGACAGACCACCCCCUCAUCUCAGUUCCUCAUCACUAGGAGCACCUCUUCUGGUUCAGAGUCUGGCCAAAAUGGUCCUCUGUAUGUGAUGAUCCCACCAUCCAGUAGUGCUGAGAUACUGCAUGCAAUGGGUCGACCUAUAGCACCCAAGAUGAGUGGGAUAUCAACUAUGGAUUAUCACACGGCCGACCCUAUCGUUCAAAUGCAGUUGUCUGGGGAUAUGGCCGCCAACAGGGAAGCUCAGAGGAAGGCUACACACAAUGAAGUUGAGCGUCGGCGUCGAGACAGGAUCAACGAGCUCAUCAAGGUACUGGCUCAGAUAGUGCCUGCUUGUCAGAAGAAAGACGCAACUACUGGUUCCAUUGUCGGGUAUGUGUACAGCAAGGGAACGGUACUGGACAAGACAGUCGACUACUUGAAAGAGCUCGUGUUUCAAAACGAACAACUCACAGCCAGUGCCAAAAUCGCAGAGAAAUCAACCAACGCUUUAGCAAUGCUUCAAAACCAGAUCCAAGUCCUAGAGAAAGAGAACGCAUUUCUUCGAGCACAGAUUAUCCAGUUUGGAAUCGAUGCAGCUGCUUCCUCUGGUCAAAAGCAACCUAACCAGCAACUUCUAAACUCUCCUCUGGCCCAGAGUCUCCUCAACACAGUAGUGACCCACUCACCACCGACCACUUCUGUCUCCCCUCCACAACAAUCCACACAACAAACUAACAAUGUAGCAGCACAGCAACUACUACUAUCCCUGGCGCAGAACCUCACCAACAGCCCUCUGUUGACCUCACUGGCACACAACCAAACACCAAGUUCUAUCUCAUCCCUACAACAACUAGGUGGCAUUGUCUCCAGCCUGACACCUUCGCAAGCACAACCUAUGCACUUGUCAGCUUCGUCACAAUUCUCUCCUCUCUUACAAUCAUCGCUGCCGACUGGAGCCUCUAAUCCAAACACACCACUCUUAAGCUCACUCGUACAAACUCUAUCCUCUAUUGCGAGCACGACCACUUCUCCGUCCACUCCUGUACCGAAAUCCUCCAUGCUGUCACAAGCCAACAACAAUGGCGGUGGUGGUGGUGGUGGUGGUCUCUCUGCCGCGGCUGCUGCUAGUCUGCUCAACACUCUGAUUCUGGCUCAGAAUGUGCUCACAAGCAACUCAAGUGCUGGUAGCCCCGGGCAAGAUUCAAUGUCUAUGGAAACGGUGGACCAAUCCUCUCAACAGUAGUGUACAGUAUAUUAUAAUUGUGGACUGUUUAUACUGUUCUAGUUUUAACGUGUGUUUUUUAGUAAUCUCUCCUUCACUUACUAUAGCUACAUUGUCAGUAUUAUUAUGUAUACAUAGUUUUUAUACAUGAUAUUUGUGUGGA